UACCCUCUCGUCUCGUCUUUAAAGCCAAACGAUAAGUCUUUGCGCAUGUCUGUAUUGGGGGAAGGAUUUUUUUAAACAUUUUUUUUCUUCACUUAUAUUCUUCAUAUUCACGUUUGCCUUAACUUUGUGGACAAAAAACUAUUAGAUAGGUAGAUAUACGAAAACAACAACAAAAAAAAAGCAAAACUCGAAAACGAACGAACUUUUAAAGUCUCCUAUAAGAAUUUCAGAAAUACUACUUCCAAGCAAGCCUAUGCAGCUAAAACUGGAUUCUUUCAACGCCUGGAUCGUCUGUCACAGGGCGCCGAGACGCCUCUACGGUGUCAUCUUUAUUCUAACGUAAGAGAUAAUUGCUUGAUGAUCGUGAUUUGCGGGUCUGAGAGUCCGCUGAAGAUGUCGGACAUGCUGAGGAUUGUAUUCACGCUUGGACUGCUGUCGGGCUUCUGUUUUGCUGUCUGUGGUGGCGUCACUACAAGCAAUGUUUCCACCAGGCACUGCCCGAUUACUUUGAAGCCCCCUGCUCAAAAGAUUGGGGUGAAACCGGUCCUAAGCAAGGAAGAGACGGCCCUGUUGAUGCUUGUGGGCUUUGGAGGGUUCUCCAUCAUUCUGGCCCUGGUCCACAACAGCAUCCGCAAGUACGUCUUCCACGACGAGCACAACCUGGACACCACGUUCGACGCCGGCGGCAAUGUCAGCAUGUCGCUGACGGCUGUCACCGUGGCCUCGCAGCUGUUCUGGCCAGGGGACAUCCUGCACAGCGCCACGCUGUCAACAAAGAACGGCAUUGCGGGACCUUUCUGGUACGCUGUGGGCAUCAUGUUCAACAUAUUUGUUUUCCCAAUCCUUUCAGUCCAGUUCAAGACCAAAGCACCUGGCGCUAAAACGUAUCUACAGAUUAUCAGAGCAAGGUUUGGAAAGAGAACCCACACAGUGUUUUGUUUUUUCGCAAUUUUGACCAAUCUUGUCAUCACCAUAGGAGUUCUAUUGGCUGGCAAAGCUACUAUACAGUCUUUGACAAAAGAUGCCUCGGACGAGUUCGUGGUUCUCAUCAUGGCUGCGUUGUUCGGCUCGUACUCUCUGAUUGGUGGACUGGGGACUACUUUCUACGUCUCCUACUUCAACGCCUGCCUUGUAUUCAUCCUCUUCAUCGUCUUUGUGGUCAAGAUCCUACACAACACCGACGCCGAGUUUGGCAGCACCAAGAAGAUGUUUGAGUCUAUCACCUGCCUGACAGGCCCAGACGACAACGCCAACAACAGUUUCUUGACCUUCAGAUCUUGGGGGGCGUUCAUGUUCGGAAUCAUUGAGAUAUUUGUGUCGUCUGCUGUCACAUACUGUGACCAGGCAUCGUGGCAGAGCAGAAUAGCAGCUAAACCAGUCCAGGGCGUGUGGGGCUUUAUCCUGGCUGGAUUCAUCUGGUUCUCAAUACCCAAUGUCAUGGCAACAACAACCGGAAUGGCCUACCUUGCGCUCAGUUCUGAGAACGGGUCCCAUUUCUUGGAUUCUUUUCAGAUAGAUGAAGGCUUAGUGACGCCCCUGAUCGCAGAGAAAAUUCUGGGGUCAGCAGGUGGUAUCCUCAUCUUGACCAUGGGGGCCAUGGCACUUAUGUCCACUGGGUCCGGAGAGGUGAUGGGCCUUUCAUCAGUUAUCGUCUACGACAUUUUUCAAACUUACAUUCGACCGUUCAGAAACAACCUCCUGCCCCACCACUGUGUGCUGUGUGGGAAGACGAGAAAAGGGCUGGAGCAGACCAGCACCGCCAACAACUCUCACACCCAGAGGAGUGAGCUAUGUGCCUGUGUGGACGCCACCAACUGCAGGAUCUGCGCCGAGGACGUAGCAAAAGCCAAAGAAACAAGCCAGUACUAUUUAAAACAACCGUACUCAUGCGUGACCCACGGGCGCUACAGACAGUAUAUGGACUACUUGUUUGACUUCAAGAACUGGUGCAUCGUCUGGGUCACCGUGUCCAUGGUACCCCUGGGCCUGAUAGUCUUUCACUCCGGCAUCAACCUGAACUGGAUCUUCUACUCCGGGGCUACGGUGACCAUCCCUUGCUUCCCACCAGUCGUGCUGUCCAUCAUCUGGGUCAAGGCCACUGGCACGGGGCUUAUUGCAGGCAAUAUCAGUGGCUUGAUCGGGGGGAUCACAGCUACACUCAUAGCAGCCAAUCUGUAUCCAGGAGGUCUGGGUCACUUCCUGGAGAACACUGCACAGGACUACACCAUUCUGGCCGGAAAUGUCACAGGUUUUGUCAUCAGCUUGACUGUCUGCAUCAUAGGGUCAUUGCUCACGCAUAAAAUACAAGGUCCAGCAGACGUAGAGUUUGAGUGGAUGAAAAUGUACGACAUUGACAACCCCCUGCAACCCUGGGAACUGCUGUACAGGGAGGACCUUAAGGGCAUGGAGUAUGAAGAACGACCGUCUUUUGCCCAGAUGAACACAGCCUUCAAGAAAGCCAAACUAACCGCCUACAUCGCGGGGAGCGCUAGUAUAUUUAUCUUCGCCAUUCUCAUACCGGGAAUCAUGGCUGCCCAUCCUGACAUGAACCUUCAGCGCUUUGAAAUGUGGUUGGAUUUUACUCAGAGCUGGGCUGUCAUCAUGGCGAUCAUCGUCGUCUUCUUGCCGCCAACGGAGGAGAUCAUUCGCAUCGUCAAACAGUGCCGCAAGAACCGGACGCCGGGCCUUGAGAAGAACGGUGUGGCCAGGGACGGAAAGACCUGCGUCACCUUGGUCAAGUCUGCCUCCGCCCCCGAGGCCCAUGAGAUGGUGGUCAAGGAUGGCGGAGACUAUGUCAGUAGUAACACAGAUGUACUUCCUGUCGCAGUGUAGUUGUUGUUUUUUUUUUUCUAAAGGCUAAAGUUUAUCAACAAAUUUUAUCCACAAAGUUUAUCCACAAAGUUUAUCAGCAAAAGUUUAUCAACAAAGUUUAUCAGCAAAAGUUUAUCAGCAAAAGUUUAUCAACAAAGUUUAUCCACAAAGUUUAUCAACAAAGUUUAUCCACAAAGUUUAUCAGCAAAAGUUUAUCAACAAAGUUUAUCCACAAAGUUUAUCAACAAAGUUUAUCGACAAAGUUUAUCCACAAAGUUUAUCAACAAAUUUUAUCCACAAUUCUUACCACUAACAAUUUAUUCACAAAUAUUUUGAAAACUGAAACGGAGCAUUAUCAAUAACAUAAGAUAUAAAACGUAUGGGCCAAGGGAGACAACAUCAAUAAUUUCAACAUCUAAUAGUUAGUACCAAUAAGCUCCCUUUAAACAUUCUGCGCGAUCAUUCACAUUUUUGAAUUAGUAUUCUCAUUAUCUACUUCCAUAGCAACCUCUACGAAAUAUGCUGAUUAGUCUGUACAGAAUAUAACGCAAACAUUUUUUGAUGAUUAACACAUGCUCACUCAUCUGCCAUAAUCAUGUAUUAUACUGUUGUUCAUCCAGUGUGAUUUAUUUAGCUCUGCUGACGGGACUAUUAAUGAUGUAGGCCUGCUUUCCAAAUGUUAAUAUGAACUAGUUAAAUAAAGUGAUAUUGUAAAUGUGUUACAUGUAAAAACACAAAUAAAUAUAGUUAUAGAUCUAGUACUUUUACUGACGAAAUGAUAAGUGGAUGCGCCCAGAUGAUUUUUCUUGCUUUAAGUCGUUGCUAAGUUGCUGUGACUAAAUAGGUCAAUUCUAGAGAGAAGGCAUGCAAAAUAGUUCAGUCUUCUGAUAUUUGGGCGAAUUUUCCUCUCCUGGACAAUUGGACAAUGGUCGGCCGAGCUCGUUCGCUCUAAUUGCUGUUCCUUCAAGCGUGACAAAUAUGACGUUUCAAACUUGUAGAAAUAUUUCUUUAGCGCAACACACAACUUAUUCAUGAACAUGACAACUAGAACUAUAUAUUUUUAAAACUAUCUAAAUUUGGUUGGCUUCAAAUUAUUUUUUAGCCACAUGCUUGUUGUUAUUAAAGCAAAAGAUAAAUUCUGAGGUUUCCUUUUAAAAAAAAAAAAAAAUUGAUUAGUUCACUUUUUUCACUUAAUGCAUUUUCAUUGUUUCAAAUUGACUUUGACCUGAAUCAUUUCAUUUUCGUUAUUUAGCCUCGUUUUGGAAACGAGAGGGCGAGACAAAAUGUAACAUAAGUGAGAUUCUUUGUUUUAUUUUAGAGCCGAUCCAUUUUGAUCAAUAGCUUAGAAGGCAAUUUGUGUGUGUGUGUGUGUGUUUAAGUGUAUGCUUAUCUGAGUUUUUGAAAUGCGUUACCUAUAAUGAAACUACCGUCACAGUUUAGAAUAGAUAGUCCGACCUUUCGGUGCUGAGCGCACUAUGCUGCCAUUCUUGUCUCCAUUGGACAACUGGUCAUCCAUGCUUUCCCUGUGACCUACUGGCUAUCCCUCUUUGUUAACACAAGUAAAGAAGGUUAAAGUUCCCCUUUCAGACCUUGCGAUCCAUUGGGCAGAUGAUGCAGCGUUGCUCUUGUUCCUUUGGCCAACAGUUUACACGGGAGUCAUUUGGCCAGCAUUGUGACAAGCCUUAGCUUCCCCAGCUAAUGUGAUGUACCGAGAUUCGAACCCCCACCCCUUGUUAUUUCGUGGGGUGACUCCGCAGAAAUAAAAGAGUGAUCUUUCCUUUACUUCUUGCAUCUCGUCCAAACUCUUUAGGGAAAAAUAUGGUUCCUAGUACAGAUUACUGUUGUUGAAAAGACAUCAUUUUUGUUUCUACGUGUGACAACUUUGAGCAAGUCAUCACCAGUGUGAAUAAAACAAAAUCCCUUAUUUUAUAUCUCUCAUUUUGAAUUUGGAAGUAGGAAAACAUUUAGAUGUAACUUUUGAUGUUUUGGUUUCAUGAAAGAGGACAAGGGCAGAUAACAUGUUUAUGUAGUUGUUAAUUUUCAUAACAAAAAAUAUAUUUGUAAAUUGUAAUGCCACAAAUACACGACAAAAAAACAACAACAUAUAGAGCCAACAAUAUUUUUAAUAAUUGAUACCAUAUAAAUUAUUAGUUUUUAAAUUUACAUACAAAUCAUUGGCCUAGUACGCUUAAACAAAACAUGUUUGAACAAUAUCGGAUCUCUGUGUGAUCAGAGUUCUAAGAAACUUUAUUUUCUAUGAUAGACAUCAUGUACUGAUAUCAACCUGACCACUUCUUUUUCUCCUAGAUUUGCAACAAUGACUUUAGUAAUUCUUGAACUGCUGCGACUAUAAUACAAUAAACAGUGUAAAUGAUCAAUCUCGACCUAUAUACAAUUCCUCGAUAAAUUUGACUGCUCGAUAGUGUUAUAUAGUCUGGAUGUGGAUCCAUUAACAUGUCUGACUUGUGUGUUAUUGUAAGUGAAAACAUAACCUGAAGACAAUAUCGAUUUUUUUUAACAAAUGCAUAUGUUCCACUUUUAAUAGCAAUGAUGUCACUCAUGAUUGUCACUAGAAGUUUCAUCUAAAUUAUAGUGUAUACAUUGUGUACGUGUACUAUUUUGAAAGCAAAGAUUCUAAUGAGUGAAAUUGAAUCCAUUAUUUUGAAUUAGUCAUGUAAUUAAUUUUUAGUAGAUCUAGGCUGAUUAUAACAUGUUUGUGAUAUUGUAGAUAUCUGUAUUAAUAGUUUUUCUCUUUAACCUAACUUUCAAGCUUUCGACAUGCAAGACGGGUAUCUGGGUUUUUGUGCUGCCCUUUCAAAAAAAAAAAGUUCCUCGCGUCUGAAUUGGAACGCGAGCCUCCGCGAUGUAAGGACGACAUGUUAGCCACUAAACUAUCCAAGUACUUAUUAAAAGUAGAAAGUUUAGAGUACAAAAAAAAA